CAAACCUCUGCCGCUGAUCAGUAAUGCUGUACAGAAUCCACUGUGUAUGCUGGCCGCGCGCCAGUCGGUGAGAUAAUUUAAAUCGCUUGAUCGAUUUAUCGGUACUUAUCGCCUGGUGACCUUCUGCGGCUGUUCCAUCGUUUAAGCUAAGGAAAAGCGACUUGAGUAAUAAAAUGAGGGAAUGUAUCAGCGUUCACGUUGGACAAGCUGGUGUACAAAUAGGGAAUGCGUGCUGGGAACUUUAUUGUCUGGAACAUGGCAUUCAACCGGAUGGUCAAAUGCCCAAUGACAGGACGGUAGGGGGCGGUGAUGACUCCUACAACACCUUUUUCAGCGAGACCGGGGCCGGAAAGCACGUCCCGAGGGCUGUGUUUUUAGAUUUGGAGCCAACUGUAGUUGAUGAGGUGAGAACUGGAACCUAUAGACAACUCUUCCAUCCGGAGCAGCUGAUCACAGGAAAAGAGGAUGCAGCCAAUAACUACGCUCGUGGUCAUUACACCAUCGGUAAAGAAAUUGUUGAUCUCGUACUAGAUCGCGUCCGCAAGUUGGCUGACCAAUGCACUGGUUUACAAGGUUUCCUCAUCUUUCAUUCAUUUGGUGGUGGAACCGGGUCAGGAUUCACUUCCCUUCUGAUGGAACGGCUAAGUGUGGACUACGGAAAGAAAUCCAAACUGGAAUUCUCCAUCUACCCUGCUCCACAAAUUUCAACAGCUGUUGUGGAACCAUACAACUCUAUCUUGACCACACAUACAACACUGGAACACUCAGACUGCGCGUUUAUGGUCGACAAUGAAGCUAUUUAUGAUAUUUGCAGACGCAACCUGGAUAUCGAACGCCCCACAUACACCAACUUAAAUCGACUGAUUGGCCAAAUAGUCAGCUCUAUUACUGCUUCAUUACGAUUCGACGGAGCCCUUAAUGUUGAUAUAACAGAGUUCCAAACAAACCUGGUUCCCUAUCCCCGAAUACACUUUCCAUUGGCCACCUUCUCUCCCACUGUGUCCGCUGAGAAGGCAUACCAUGAACAGCUGAGUGUCGCUGAGAUCACAAACGCUUGCUUUGAGCCAGCAAACCAAAUGGUAAAAUGUGAUCCACGUCAUGGGAAGUACAUGGCCUGCUGCAUGUUGUACCGUGGUGACGUAGUGCCAAAGGACGUGAAUGCUGCUAUUGCCACGAUUAAGACAAGACGAACCAUCCAGUUUGUUGAUUGGUGCCCUACUGGAUUCAAAGUUGGCAUAAAUUAUCAACCACCGACGGUGGUUCCCGGCGGGGAUUUGGCCAAAGUGCAACGAGCUGUAUGUAUGCUUAGCAAUACAACGGCAAUAGCAGAAGCCUGGGCCAGACUGGAUCACAAAUUUGACCUGAUGUAUUCAAAACGUGCGUUUGUUCAUUGGUACGUUGGUGAAGGCAUGGAGGAGGGCGAGUUCUCCGAGGCCAGAGAAGAUUUAGCUGCACUUGAAAAGGACUACGAAGAGGUUGGUGCAGAUAGUGUGGAAGCCGAGGGUGAAGAUAUGGGCGAAGAAUACUGACCAGCUUGCAAUCUCAAAUGCCUAGAUAUUCUUGGAGGGAAUUUAGGGCUUUUUAACCUUAAGCUUCUGUAUGGUUUUAGUCCCAUUUCUCCUCCGUGCUCGCUACGUUCAUUGUGUUAUCACCUUCAAGCUGUCAUUUCAAAGAGCGCCCUUUGUGUCCAUUUCUUAAUCUCCUUCCCGUACAGCUUGUGUAGUGUCAUCAUUCUGCCCGUGACAUUCGGUUGGUAAACCCGGCUUUCUCUUCCGCGUCUAAGCCACAUUUGCCACAUUAACUCAGUCAGAUCAUGAACCAUUUGAAAACGGGCGGGUUCUGAACAUGGGUUUUGUGACAUCUGACUAAGUGUUGAAUUAAAACCCACUUUUCAGCCCAGUGAU